AUGGCCAGAGAGACUCGCUCACCAUCGCCAGUAGGCAGCACUCAUUCGUCCUCGAAACGAAGCCGCAGGAAUGACGAUUAUUAUGACAGAAGCCGCCGCGACGAUGGCAGAAGCUACCGGAGAUCGCGGAGCCCUGCUCCACCGUUUAGAGCAAAUAUUAACAUCAUCAUAAUUUGCCAGAGACGACACCGCGAUAAAGAUUGGGAUCGACAUAGAGACGGAGACCGAGAUAGAGUACGAGAUCGUGACCAUCGAGACCGGGACCGAGGCACUUACCGACGCAUAGACCGCUCAGGAGAUAAACGAGACCAUAAAGAUGAUGUACGUGAUGAUACUUCCUAUCGCCCAAGCAGGAGGGAUCGGUCACGAACCAGGUACCACUCACGGGAUCGGGGCGAUGGUAGAGAGUACCGCCACAGGAGCCGCGACAGAAGACGAGAUGAUUCUCGGGAUAGAAUAAGAAGACGAAGAGACGAUUCUACCGGUUCCAAAUCGGUCUCCAGAUCGGACGAGAGUAGGGACCGCCCGCCCAACAAGGCUUCCGUUUCGAAACCAUCCACACCAUCUGCACCCGCUGCGCAAACAGAUGAAGAGAAAAAGGCCGAGCGGUUAGCGAAACUGGAGGCAUGGAAGCAAAAACAGGCUGCAGAAAAGGAGCGAAAGCAAAAGGAAUUAGCUGCCGCUGGUGGUGCAAGGAGCAUUUUGGACGAGAUCGAUAAGAAAUCCAAUCUUAGGCAUGCAAAUGCGCCUCAAGAACCCGUGUCGACAUCAACUCCCACGAAACUUGAACAAAAAGUGACUGGAAAAAAAGUUACUAACCAAACGGAAAAUGUUUCAUUACUUGGAAAUGACAUCUCUGUCCCUAAUACAGGUACAUCUGUCAUAACUGACCCUUCAUCUACGGGUCCUCAAACGGAUCCAGCCAAAAUUGUUCCGUUAAAAGCGCGAGGUAACGUUAGUGGCUUUGGUUUCGGGGCUAAAUCAGCUGCAGAUUCAGAAAAGGCCUCUCACAAACGCGCCCUUGAUUUUGAAGAUGAAGAGUCGAGUCGAAAGAAGCUGAUGAAGCUUCCGGACCACUCCCUGGAGGAAGAUCAACAUAUCGCUAAUGGCGCUGACAAUGGUGUCGAUGAAGGAGAUGAUGACGGAGACGUCGAUAUGCAGGACGGUGGCACGGAAGAGGAAAAUGCAGCAGCUGCGAGAGCAGCGGCAGAGAAGCGUGAAGAAAGACUACAAAAUGAAAUAUCUACUUUACAGUCACAACCCGACCAGCAAGAAACCGAGACCAAAGUGGACAUCAUGCCCGAACCAGAUCUCUCAGCUGAGCCUAUGGACAUUGAGGAAGAAAUUGACCCAUUAGACGCCUUUAUGUCUGGAUUGAAAGAUUCGGUUGCGGCGAAACCGUCAAAAUCCAGGACAAAAACCUCCAAAUCUAAGCAAGAGCCUGAGGCAAUAUUUGGCGAUGAAGACGAUGUGAAUUUGAAGGCAAUGGAUUUGGAGGCCGACGAUUUUCUUGCCAUUGCAAACAAAACGAGGAAAAAGAAAGACUUACCAUCUGUUAAUCACGAAAAGAUGGAUUAUGAGCCAUUCCGUAAAAACUUCUAUACAGAGCCUGUGGAUCUGGCAGAGCUCAAUGAAGAAGAAGUAGCCGCUCUAAGAUUGGAAUGGGAUGGCAUCAAAGUUCGAGGCGUGGACGUCCCAAAGCCCGUUCAAAAAUGGUCACAAUGCGGUCUGGGAGUUCUGACCCUGGACGUCAUUCACAAGCUCGGGUAUGACCAACCGACAUCAAUUCAAGCCCAGGCUAUCCCUGCGAUCAUGUCCGGAAGAGACGUAAUAGGGGUUGCCAAAACUGGCUCUGGGAAGACGAUAGCCUUUUUACUCCCAAUGUUUCGCCAUAUCAAGGAUCAGCGGCCUCUAGAAAACAUGGAAGGCCCCGUUGGAUUGGUCAUGACGCCAACCCGGGAGUUGGCAACCCAAAUUCAUAAAGAAUGCAAGCCAUUUCUAAAGGCGCUGAACCUUCGUGCCGUUUGUGCAUAUGGCGGAGCACCAAUAAAGGACCAGAUCGCAGAGUUGAAGCGCGGCGCGGAGAUCAUAGUCUGCACUCCAGGGAGAAUGAUUGACUUGUUAGCCGCCAAUUCCGGGAGAGUGACUAAUCUGCGAAGGGUAACGUAUGUAGUGCUAGAUGAAGCUGAUCGAAUGUUCGAUAUGGGCUUUGAGCCUCAAGUGAUGAAAAUUAUCGGAAACAUCCGACCCUCAAGACAGAGCGUCCUGUUUUCAGCAACCUUCCCUCGUAACAUGGAAGCUCUUGCGCGGAAGACGUUGACCAAACCGGUGGAAAUUAUUGUUGGCGGAAGAAGCGUUGUUGCUCCGGAAAUCACCCAGAUCGUGGAAGUUCGUCCGGAGAAUACCAAAUUUGUCCGGCUACUUGAACUCCUUGGCAAUUUAUACUCAGACGACGCAAACGAAGAUGCCAGGGCUCUAAUCUUCGUGGAUCGACAAGAGGCAGCGGAUGGCCUACUUCGUGACCUCAUGCGUAAAGGGUACCCUUGCAUGUCAAUUCACGGUGGAAAAGAUCAAGUUGACCGUGAUUCUACAAUUGAUGAUUUCAAAGCUGGUAUUUUCCCAGUUUUAAUUGCGACUUCAGUUGCAGCCCGUGGACUUGACGUCAAACAGCUGAAAUUGGUGAUCAACUACGACGCGCCAAACCAUCUCGAAGAUUACGUGCACCGCGCUGGGCGGACUGGUAGGGCGGGUAACACUGGAACAGCCGUUACCUUCUUGACCGAGGAACAGGAGCGGUAUUCCGUUGAUAUUGCAAAAGCGCUGAAACAGAGCGGACAACCCGUGCCUGACGCUGUACAAAAGAUGGUAGACGCUUUCCUCGAAAAGGUCAAAUCUGGUAAAGAAAAGGCUAGCGCUUCUGGGUUUGGUGGCAAAGGUCUGGAAAGACUUGACCAAGAACGUGAUGCGGCGCGGAAUCGCGAAAGAAAGACGUAUAAAACAGGCGAGGAGGGUGAAGAGGAGGAGGAGAAGGAGAAGAAAGAAAAGGGAGAAGAUCUUUUCACCAAAGCCGCGUCCGUUGUACAGUCGUCAUCGGCUCCAACACCCAGCGCUACACCUGGUGUGCCGAAAGGAAUCGACCUCGACGGAAAGAUUACAGUUCAUAAAACUGAGAGAGCCACAUCUACCGCCACCGGCACAAAUCCUCUCGAUAAAGUCGGUUCAGCAGUUGCUGAUAUCCAUGCCCGGUUGAAUAAAGCGGGUGUGAUGAGGUCAGGUGUUCCAAUCGACAACAAAGGUCCCGACGCUGGAGCUUUUCAUGCUACCCUAGAAAUCAACGAUUUUCCACAGAAAGCAAGGUGGGCAGUUACCAACCGCACCAAUGUUGCCAAAAUACUGGAGGCUACAGGCACUUCGAUUACGACGAAGGGUAGCUAUUAUCCAACUGGCAAAGAACCGGGUCCCAAUGAAAACCCAAAGCUGUAUAUUUUAGUUGAGGGCGAUACAGAGUUGGUGGUCACCAACGCGAUGCGUGAAUUGAUGCGACUAUUGAAAGAAGGAACAAUUGCAGCCGCGGAUAGCGAGGCGCGAGCUCCAGCCAGUGGCAGAUAUAAUGUCUUAUAA